ACUCUGCGCAAGAGCGACCGCAAAGUGCGAGACGCUGAACAUUUAAAAAUGGCGAGGCCCUCGAUAUUGUUUUGUAUUAUCAGCGCGGCGAGAUUAAAAAGUGUUGCUGGGUGUAUACAUCUGCUAAUAUAAGCACCGUUGUCUCGCCGCAUCGCAGCUUUAAUUUUAAAAACCUAUGGUUACGCCCGUCGUCGUUUGUGUCAUAUCGUUUGCCGUAAUGAGCCUAGGAAUUGUUAUGGACUGGACUUUCGUCCAGUGUUGUUGCCUCUACGUUGUAUUAACUUGCUCCUGUCUGCUCGUCGGCCCAUUAAUCAUGAUACUUAUCAAUAUAGCGCUGUCGCCCAAGCAUCAGACUGGCUCUGGUACCGUUAGAACUGUCGCUGAGAUGGAUGCCUUCCGUAAUAUGUUAAUGAAAGGAUAUGAACCUAAAUCAGUCAGCACGAGAAGGCACGCGCGUUAUCCUGUUGUCUUCACUCGUCUGGUGGACGGCGCCCUGCAGAAUCUCCUAGAUUUGAUUUUUCAGGAUUUUAUUGGCUUUUGGCUAAACGAUCUGGCCUUUGGUUCAGAACAGCUGAUAGAUAACAUGAAGCAGGAUGUAUGGGGCGCGAUACAAAGCUUACAUGAUCGCCUGUCGCGUGUCGAUCACACUAAAUUAGUGGUGUGCAACAUAGUGAAUAAGCUCACCUUUCACUUCGAGAAGAUCAGGAUAGCUCAAGCUGCUUCGUCUGAGGGAGAAGACCCUGUAUUUAUUUUGUCGGCGCAUUUGAUGUCACCUGUCGCUGAGCUGGAAUAUUUAAGGAAGAUUAGUGAAUUGUAUAUCCUGUUUUUGUUGCCACGUAGUUACUCCCUUUCUCCUGUAAAGUUUCUUCUAAGAGAAGUUCUCAUAUGUAAAAUCUUAAAACCUGCAAUAGAUUUAAUCACAGAUCCCGAUUAUAUCAAUCAGAAGAUUCUGACAUAUAUUGAUCAACAGCAACUUGCCGAAGCGAUGCAUAGGAAAACGUAUGAAUACGCGGAAUCGUUCGAGGAUUUUAUUCGCAUGGUCAAAAGCACUAGGGAUCUAGAGGUUCUCAGACAUAUCAGAUACAAUAUCGUUACCGAAAUUAUGCAGGCUACCACGGUGCAAAACGUGAAACGAGCUCAAGGUUUGGACUCUGAAAAUAAUGCGCUCGGAAACUCCGAUGCUAUUCGCGCGAGAAAACUAAAGAGAUACAUCAGCCAACUGACAUACGCUAAGAAUACAUGCGAGUGUCACAUGCAGACCUUAGGAUGGGAUGGAUAUCCACGCCAGGAUACGGAGGUUUGCGAUGCCGCGGAGAUUACGGAAGGCAGGAUACUUCCGUUGCAAGCGAUUCUGGAUAACGUGACUGGUCGACGAUAUCUGUCUCAAUUUCUCGAACAGGUCGCUAGUCAAGGGUUGAUCGGUUAUUGGGCGGCGGUGCAAGAAUUACGCGCCGCAGAACGAUCCAACUGGCAUCAAUUGGGGGCUGAAAUCUUUUACACUUACAUCAGAUCACCCACUGCCGAAAUUAAGGUGGAUAAAAAUGUACGAAAACGAAUGGAAGCUUUUUUGUUGGGCGAUACAGGGCCCAGCGUGUUUUACGAGGUUCAAGACUGCGUCGUUAAUACACUCCAAGAAAAAUAUUAUCCGUCGUUUCUCGUUAGCGAGCAAUAUAAAAGCAUGCAGGAAGCAUUAUUGAAUGAAAGAGCGGAAGGUUUGGUUGAAGACCGUGAGAUCGUUGAUGGUACAUUAUCAGAAUCCUCAACCUUGCUUGUUGGUGAACGAUCAAAUUACGCUCGUAGCAAACUAGAUCAGCUGCACGAAAAAUUAAACAAUAAAAUGCAAGCUCUGCAAGCGCUAAAAUCCUCCCUCAAGCCCGAAAGCAAAGUACUCAGCAUAUUGGCGAAAGAGGUAGAAUGGUUACAAGGUGAAAAGCGACAAUUGGAGGCGCAUUUAAACCAUACGGAAAUGUGGGCCGAACAUCUGGGUCGUUGGAGAGCUGAUGUGCAGAGUGCAGAAAUGCCUGAUAACGGGGAUCCUCCGCAAUUUGUACUAGUCGUCCACAUGGCAGAAGAUGAAGACAAUGACGAGAGCAUAUCUAGCGGAUGGGUUGUGUUGAGAAAGCUGCAAGAUUUUCAAGAUCUCCAUAGGAAAUUACGCCAGUUAUGUUCUAAUGUUAAAAGCCUGGAUUUACCUUCGCAGCCGUUAAAGUUUUUUGGAAAAUCUGACAAGAGUACUCUCGACAAAGCCAAAAUGCAGAUACAAAAAUAUUUAAAUUUUGUCUUGGAAGAUGAGAGGCUUAAUCAAAGCGAAGCAUUGUAUACUUUUCUCAGUCCAAGUUCAGAGCAUCUUAAAGCUGUAGUGGCACCAUCUCCUAAGAAAUCUCGCUUUUCUCUGUCCACGUUAUUCAAAACAUCUGUCGGUAGCAACGAGCAGCGCGAUAAAGAAGACGAGGAAGAUUAUUCGUUGUUAUUGGAUGAUAGCGAGACGGGCCGCACCGGCACAGAUAAUUAUCUGAAUGCCAGCAAAGAUGCUAUCGCGGAGCCGUUGUACACGCUUCUUGGAGAAGUUUUUGAUUUAAGAGGAGUAUUUCGCUGGCUCAGACGGUCUCUCAUUACUUUUGUACAGAUUACCUACGGGCGGACUAUAAAUAGACAAAUCAGAGAUACUGUUGCAUGGGUGUUUUCCGAGCCGAUGGUUCAUUACUACAUACAAUUAUUUACGAAAUCGUGGUGGCCGAACGGACAAUUAGUGUCCGAGACUGUUUCUCGUACCGACGAGGAGAAAUUAAAAACGCGAGGCGAGGCGCGUAGGCAAUUUCUCAACAAUGUACCUGAAGUAUUGACGAAUCUAGUGGGAGCGCAAAGUGCUCAACGUGGUGCGAUUAAAGUUUUCGAUUCUCUGCAGAACGUAAAUCUAAAUAAACAGUUAUUUUAUGAUAUAUUUGAAGUAUUAAUGUACGAAGUAUUUCCAGAACUGCAACAUAAACAAUGUUCCUUAACGAAAUAAAGUAUCAAUAUGAUAUACAAUA